AUGGAUGGUUGGUUUCUGCAGCUUUUAAAGACUUGCAACACAUGCAAGAUUCUUUUAACCAUCAUGCCCCUUAUUGACUAUACAAGUGGCGUACAAAAGAGGGAAUCCAAUGCCGACAAUGUUUUCGUUGACUUGCUAAUUGAGUCGCAUGUUCUUGGGAAGUGGAAUAAUGGUCGUCCCGGGCGUGCAGUUUUCGAUUAUUGCCGCUCUGUUUUCAUUGGCGAGCUCGAACUUAUUUAUAGCCACGAUGAAUUUGAUGAGAGAUUCGACUUUAUUCAAAAGCAGUACCAAGUUUUUAGCUGGAUGCUAGGAAAGCCCGGUUUGCAUCAGUGCAUUCAAUCGAAUAUCCUGACUGCUCCGGUUGCCGUUUGGGACGAUGUCUUUGAGGCGGACUUGUGUUUCAUGUUUGAGGAGGUGUGUUCUACAAAUCCAAGAUCUGAAGUUGUUCUUGACCGCAACGCUACAAAGCUUUUUUUGCUCUCCCUGCUGCACGAACAAAUGUGGUUUCUGACAAUUCCUAUCACAAUGCUUUGCAAACGCUUUGUAGUUGCAACAACGCUCCUCCCCAACAUGGUGCGCCGCACGACACCUCUUGUGAAAGCUCCAUCAACACGCAUGCCCAUGGCGGGCAGUCGAGCCCCAUUGCGCAUCCCACGUCCACCGCACAAGCCAGACCCGUCUUCAUGCAAGGGUUCGACUAGCGAUCCUCAC